AUUAACCCAAUUGGCAAUUAUGUAUGUUCAAACAAAAAGAAAAAAAACCCAAUCAUUUUCUCCACUAACAACGUCACCUCUUUGAUCUUCAAGUUCCCACCACCCUAUUCUCCACCGUCUGAUUUAAUGACUCCUGCAUUGACAUGUCACCGGCGUUGCUAGAUUCUGGAACUCCGAUUCAAAAUCCUAAUAGUAACAUCAAUAUCACCAACGGUCAGCUUUCUCAUUCCUCUCUCGGCAUCUCAUUAUUAUUGUUAUUUAGCUUCAAAAAAUUCUCAAUCAAAACAAGAAACCAGCAUGAACCCAUCAAAUUUUGAUAAUUUAAAUUCUGGGUUCUCAAAUUCAACCCGAAUUAGUAACCAAAAUCCAAACUUUAGCUCUCGAUCAUCAUCGUCCUCGUCAACUAAAGGUGGUCUUUCGAGGCCAAGAUUGGCAAAAGUUAGGAGGCAAUCGAAUCCCCAGAAUUUUAAAUCCAAUGAAGAAACCUGGGUUGGGCUCGGUUUCAAUCAGUUCCGACCCGAUAGGAGUCGGGUUGAACCGGGUGGUUCUGGGAGUGGUGGUACUGAGGCGUUUGUGUUUGGAGCUAGUCCAAGUAAUAUGGGGUUUAACUCGAAUUCCGGCAAGGGAAUUAUAGAGGAAUUGAAAAGUUUGAGAACUGGAAGUGAAACUAAUGUAGAUGUGAGCGAGAAGAGUGGUUUUGUUUUUGCAAGUGAUGGUAAUAAGAGUCAUGGUGUUGACGAGAUCAUGCAGAAGUUGAGCAUUGAUGAUAAGGAGAAGGUUGUAGAUGGGGCGUCUAAGUUAAGUGCUAAUGGCAAGUUUGGGAGCGGUGACAAUGUAGGUAGUUCUAUUGGGAGAAAUGUGGAGUCACUGCCACCAGAUGAGUUGGAGAAGAAAUUGAAUAUUGAAGAGGCUGGAGAUGCCACUAAUGGUGGUGGUAGUUUUCAAGCUGAUGAUAUCAAAAAGUUUGGAUUUAAAAGUAGUGAAAAGGGUAGUGAAAUGUUUGCCGCUGCUGCAAAGAAUGCCCUUCCUGAUCAAAUCAAGAAUUUGAACAUAAAGGACUAUGUAGUCACUAACAAUGUUAAUAAUGAGACCAAUGAGAAGGAUAGUUUUGCCUUUGGAAGCAGGGAAAGCAUUGGUGGUUAUGUUGGUGGAGAGAGCGAGAGUGCACUUUCACACGAGAUGGGGUGCAAGUUGAAAAUUGGAAGUGCGAAGGUAGAAUCUUCAGGUCAAACCAACAUGGGAUUUUCUUCUUGUCGAAUCUCCAGAAAGGAUAUGCCAACUGUAAAUAAGGGUGAUAAGAAAUUCCACGAUUGUGGUGAUCCCACUGAAUUUAUUUUUGAAGGAGGAACGCCGGGUAAAGAUUUAAGUGGUAUUCAUGCAUCUAUGGAUCAGCCAAAAGUUGAUACACAACCAAUUGGAGUUGCGGGACCAUCUCAUGUCUUCUCAUCCAGUAGAUUGGCUGGUUGGAAUGCUUUCAGGGUGCCACCUACUGGUGGACUUGAGAAGACAGAUGGGUUUAGUUUUACAAGCAAGCAAGAUGGCGCUGGGUCGCCAUUUGUAGAAUUUAAAACGCCAAAUCCUAAAGGAAAUCUUUUCACUGGCUUAGAUCCGAAGAUGGAAUUCAGUACAAAGUUUAAAGAUUCAAAAGUAAAGAAGAAAAGGGGAAAGUUGAAGCAACCUGUCAAAGUCCCUCUGUCGCCAGGUCUAGAUUUUGUUACCAGGGAAAGUGGUUCCCAAGAAAUUCCAGAGGCUUCCGAAUCAUAUUCACCAAUGGAUAUUUCACCAUAUCAGGAAACAUUGUCUGAUGCUAGAAAUUCCAGGGAAACUUCUGUCACAUCAGAGGAGUCUUUCGCACUAGAUAGUCAACAUGCAUCAACUGAUUCACAACCAACUGUUCUGAAUGAUGCAAUAGAUGAAGAUCUGGUUGUUGCAGCACACAGAAUGGAUAUAAAUGAAGAGGAUAUGAAAUGUAGAGAAACUAAAGAGGAAAAUUCUGAAAACUGUUUUGAUAAAGGUAUCGGAGCUGAAAAUCAUAUGGAGGAUUCUGUUUCAGGGGCUGAAACUGAAAGCUUGAAAUCUGCAAACGAGGAAAUAGAUUCUAUCAAUGAUGUUAUAGUUACGUCAGCAGAAAGUGAAGCCAGUUCAAGUACAAAUCUAGAUAGUGACCUCAGCACUCAAUUCUUUUCAGCUGUGAGUUCAGAAGAUACUGUCAAUUCAGGCUUCACCUUUGCUGCCUCUUCUACUGCACAAGUAUCACCUAAGCAUCAUCAUAAAAAGAACAAUCUCGUUAGAGCUGAUAAUGAUUCCUUUAAUUCCAGUGCUACUUCCAAAGGUUCAUAUGCAUCAUCUUCUUUGCAAUUUACACCAUUUUCUGGAUCUUCUUCACCCUUGUCCCCUGUACGGAGCAAGAAAGCUGGCCUAUCUGCUCCUUCACACGUGGUUGGUGAUAAUGGUGAGCUGCUUAAAGGACUGGAGAUCAAUCAAGGGUCUGUUUCUGCAUCUGUUGCAGCUCAAGAAGCAUGUGAGAAGUGGCGACUGAGGGGAAACCAAGCAUAUAAAAAUGGGGAUUUGUCUAAAGCUGAGGAUUGUUACACACAAGGUGUAAAUUGUGUUUCUAAAAGCGAGACAUCUGUAAGCUUUCUCAGGGCAUUGAUGUUGUGCUAUAGCAACCGUGCGGCUACCCGUAUGUCUCUUGGAAGAAUGAGAGAUGCACUAGGAGACUGUAAGAUGGCUGCUGCAAUUGAUCCCAAUUUUAUCAGGGUGCAAGUCAGAGCUGCAAAUUGUUACCUUGCUCUGGGGGACGUUGAAGGUGCAGUGCAAUAUUUCAAAAAGUGCUUGCAGUUCGGCAUUGAUGCCUGUGUAGACCGAAAAAUUUCUGUAGAAGCCUCUGAUGGGUUGCAAAAGGCACAGAAAGUGUCUGAGUGCAUGCAACAUUCUGCUGAACUUCUGAAACGGGGAGCACCUAAUGAUGCAGAGAGUGCUUUACAUGUAAUUGCUGAGGGUUUGUUGAUAAGUUCAUGCUCUGAAAAAUUACUUGAAAUGAAAGCAGAGUCUCUUUUCAUGCAGCUGCGGAAGUAUGAAGAUGUAAUUCAACUGUGUGAGCAUACAUUUGACUCUGCCAAGAAGAAUUCUCCUCCAUUACAUGCUGAUUACCAUGUAGAAAAUAUUGGUCCUGAACUCACAAAGGACACAUCAUUUAUGAUCUGGCGUUGCUGCCUCAUUUUCAAAUCUUACUUCCACCUUGGAAGGCUGGAGGAGGCUAUUGGUUCACUAGAGAAGCAAGUGGAACCUCCUUCUACUGCAACAAGUAGUCUGUCCAGGAUUGGUAUUGAAACUCAAGAAUCACUAGUGCUCUUAGCUGCCACUGUACACGAACUCAUACGCCAUAAGCUGCAGGCUGCAGGGAAUGAAGCAUUUCAAGCAGGAAAGCAUUCAGAAGCUAUAGAACAUUACAGUGCUGCUCUGUCACGUAAAAUAGAAUCACGGCCUUUUGCAGCCAUUUGUUUUUGCAAUAGAGCUGCUGCAUACAAAGCACUGGGCCAAAUCACUGAUGCUACAGCAGACUGCAGCCUAGCAAUAGCUCUUGAUGGAAACUAUUUGAAGGCAAUUUCUAGACGAGCCACUUUAUAUGAGAUGAUUAGGGAUUAUGGACAAGCGGCUAGAGAUCUUCAGAAGCUGGUAGCUGUUCUCACUAAGCAAGUAGAGGAGAAAACUAAACAGUUUGGGCACUCUGAUAGAACAACAAACUUGGCCAAUGAUCUUAGACAAGCUCGUUUACGUCUUUCUACCAUAGAAGAAGCAGCCAGAAAGGAGGUUCCUCUGAAUAUGUACCUCAUUCUGGGAAUUGAACCUUCCGCUUCAGCAUCAGAAGUUAAGAAGGCAUAUCGCAAAGCUGCACUUAGACACCAUCCUGACAAGGCUGGUCACUCCUUGGCAAGAAGUGAUAAUGGAGAUGAUAGCCUGUGGAAGGAGAUAGGAGAAGAAGUCCACAAGGACACUGACAGACUUUUUAAAAUGAUUGGGGAGGCAUAUGCCAUGCUUUCAGACCCUGCUAAGCGUGCACAGUAUGAUCUUGAAGUGAUGAGGAAUGAUCUGAAGAAACAAAGUGGAAGCAGUACAUACAGAACACAUACAGAUGCUCCGAAUUAUCCAUUUGAAAGAAGCAGCAGUAGGAGACAAUGGAAGGAGGGUUGGAGGCCCUAUGGCAGGUACUGAACCACUGCCAGGAUCCAUUCAAUUUAACAGGUUUUGAUGACCAUCGUGUGACAUGCAAGACAAGGAUCUUGAGAUUUCUGGUCAAGUUAGUCCAUCCGUAAAGGUAGGAGACGAGUCUGGUGGUUGGCUGCCAUCUGCACUUAGCUUUGAUCCAAAGGUCUUGCAGAUGGAAAAAUCGUUCCAACUACAGAGCUGAAGAACUGACAACAUAAUGGCAGAGGAAUUAACUAAUAGUUGAAGACUUUUUCCAAAAAUCGUGGAUUGAUCACAUACAAGAGCUAGUUUGUACCGAUAAGGGGUAAAGAAGGAAACAUAGAGGAGAAAACAGGAGAGCUGGUUUGUAUUGAGUUUGACAGUCAUGUCAGAUCGUGUGAGGAUUUGUAAUUUGAAUUCUGAAAGCUUUGUUUUACACAAGGGAAAAAAAAAAGAAAAAGAAGAAUCAUCAGGCAAAAACAAAGAACAGGCGUGCUGUUUGAAUGCAAUUUCACAUAGGAGAUUGCUAACUGUUUGAGUUGUGUAAAUGUAUCGGCUUUGUACAGAUGAAAAGUUAACAAUGCAAUCAAGAGAUUAAACCAACAUCUUCGAAAUUA